AUGCGCGCCUAUCCAUGCCGUGCGCCCGCCGGUGCACGUAGCAGGAGCAUGGGGUUGCGAGAGACGCUGGAGCGUCUGCAGGGGGUGGAACGGCCGGCCACCGACAGAAACAUCGAGGAGCUGAUCACACCGCAGCUGCUCUGGCAGUGGCGUCGGGCUCCGAGGCACGUGGGCCGAGUACUUUCGGAGCUGAAAGCCCUGCGUCGGGAAGACUUGGCGAGUGCCCUCUUGGGUGUGCUGGAGCGAGGUGGCAAGAUAAGCCUGGGGCCACCAGAAUACACCACCGCCAUGAGUGCCUGCGGAAAGGCCUCACAGUGGCAGCUGGCGGUGCAUCUCUUUGGUGCCAUGCUGAAGUCCCAGAUUCUACCGGAGGUCGUCAGCUACACCGCAGCCAUCAGCUCCUGUGAGAGUGGCCGGCAGUGGCAGCUGGCCCUGCAUCUCUUCCACGGCAUGCACCAGGCCAGGAUUGCGGCCGACGUCUUCAGCUACAGCGCCGCUAUCAGCUCCUUCGGGAAGGGCAGGCAGUGGGAGGCAGCGGUGCACCUCUUCAAUGCCAUGCACAAGGCCAAAGUUGUCCCCAACGUCUUCAGCUACACUGCCACCAUCAGCUCCUGCGAGAAGGGGAGGCAGUGGCAGCUUGCCCUUGAGAUCUUUGGUGCGAUGGCCAGGGCCAAAGUGGACCGCACGGUCGUCAGUUAUGCUGCCGCCAUCAGCUCGUGCGAAAAGGAUGGACAGUGGGAGAUCUCGGUGCACCUUAUGAACUCCAUGCCUGGGGCGAAGCUUAACCCCAAUGUCAUCAGCUACAGUGCCGCAAUCAGCGCCUGCGAGAAGGCUGGGCAGUGGCAGAUGGCGGUGCAUCUGUUCAGUGCGAUGAUGAAAGCCCGACUGGAUGCCGAUGUCAUCAGCUUCAGUGCUGCCAUCAGCUCCUGCGAGAAGGCUGCGCAGUGGCAGUUGGCGGUGCAUCUCUUUGAUGCCAUGCCUGUCAUGAAGGUCGUGCCUAACCUCAUAAGCUACAAUGCUGUGAUGAGCUCCUGCGAGAAGAGCGGGCAGUGGUGGCCGGCAGUGCGACUGCUUGACGGAAUGCAAAGCAGCCAGCUUUUGCCAGAUCUCAUCAGCUUCACGGCUGCCAUCAGCUCCUGUGAGAAAGAAGGGCAGUGGCAACUGGCGCUGCAUCUUUUCAACGCCAUGCCCAAUGAAGAAAUCCAGCCCAACAUCAUAAGCUACAACGCCACCAUCAGCUCUUGCACAAGGGGCGCUAAGUGGCAGCUGGCUCUGCACCUGUUCACCUCCAUGCCCAAAGAGCAGGCAGCAUCCAGCGCGGUCAAUCUCCUCACGGUUUGGGAGUCGGUAAAGGCACCAAACAAAAUGCCCAGGUUUCAGGGGAGCCCUGAGCCCUCGCGUGAGAUGUCGGCUCUCCAUGCUUUCGAGGGAGCUGGAGCUGUGUGGCCAGGUCCUGCUGAUCCGCGGCCUCCCACUUUCGCCCCCACCAUCAAGAAAGGUGAUGUGCCCAAGGAGUACACGCUGCAGCGCUACUACACCGCCGCUGACAUCGCCCUGGGCCCAGAGGCCAACGCUUUCCUGGAGCCUGCCUACCCGUCGCUCCACACCGGCCCAGUGGCAUCCGCCCUGUUGCAGGACCUCAGGCGCGAGAGCAGACCGGACUUAGUCUGGAGCCUGCUGCAGCUGCUCCGAGAUGAGGCAGAUUUGCGGCUGAGCCUCCACCACGUAAAUGUGGGGAUCAGCGCUUGCGCCGUCGCUAAAUGGUGGGAAAGAGCGCUGGAACUCUUCGCGGGUCUGCCAUUGGCCGGACUCACCCCCGACACAGUGAGCUACAACUCCACCAUCAGCGCCUGCGAUCGCGCUCAGCGCUGGGCGCUGGCAGUGCAGCUCUUUCGGGCGAUGCCGCAGAGUCAGGUGGACCGCACGGCCAUCAGCUUCAACUCGACCAUCAGCGCCUGCGGCCGGGGCAAGCAAACGGCUCAAGCCCUGGACCUGUUCUCCGAAAUGCAAGAGGUUGAAGUCUCCCCCUCAGUCGUCACCUUCGGCUCCAUCAUCAGCGCCUGCGAGAAGGAUGCCAGUUGGGAACAGGCCCUUUCCUUGUUUCACGGCAUGCCGCGGAGGGCCAUCGCCGUGAAUUCUGUCAGCUACAACGCGGCCUUGAGUGCAUGCGACAAGGGCGGACAGUGGGAGCUGGCCCUCGGGAUGUUCCGGGCCAUGCCGAGGGCGAAGAUCCGACCCGACGUGGUGGCGUAUACGGCUGCGAUCCAGUCCUGUGACCAAUGCGGGCAGUGGCAGUUCGCGCUGCAUCUCUUUGAUGACAUGUUUCGGAGCAAGGUGGCCCCAGAUGUCAUUGCCUACAGCGCUCUGAUGGGCUGCUUCAAAGGUGGGCAGUGGCCGCUGGCUCUGGCCCUGUUGGAGCAGAUGCCGCAGGCGAAGAUCGCUCCAAAUGCGAUCAGCUACACUGCAGCCAUGGGUGCAUGCGAGAAGGGCGGGCAGUGGCAGAUGGCUUUGGAGCUUUACGCCACGCUUCCACGCGCCAAGCUCACUCCCAACGCAAUCAGCCACAGCUGCGCCCUUUUUGCCUGCCAGUCGGGUGCGCAGUGGCAGCGUGCCUUGGGGCUCUUCUUCGAGAUGCCCCAGGCCGCGCUAACCCCCGACGUGGUGAGCUACAGCUCGGCGCUCGCCGCCUGCGCGAGGGGCGGGCGCUGGGUCCUGGCCCUGCACCUCUUCCAAGGAAUGAGGGAGGCCCGGAUCCGGCCCAAUGUGAUUGCCUACAACGCCGUCCUGGACUGUCUGCAGCAACGGGAGGCGGGUGAGUCCCUUCUGCAAGAGGCGGUCCGGGAGGGCAUCUUCGAUCCGCUGCAGCGAGGGACUCCCUGCACUACGCUGGACCUCCACGAGAUGUCUGCCGGCGCGGCCUCUGCAGCCGUCCUCUGGUGGCUUCGAGACAUCCUUCCGCCGCAGCUGGGCGGCUCGCACCGACAAGCGUGCACGAUCAUCACGGGAUGGGGUCGAUCUCGACGCCCCUGGCAGCAAGCAAACAUCCAAGCCGACGUCCUGAUGUUGCUGCGCAGGUUUGGCCUGCCGGCGAAGGUGAUCCAGAGCAACCAGGGGCGGGUGGAGCUGCGCCUGCACAGGAAGGACCUGCAAAGCACAUUCAGAAAAGAAGAAAUGCUGCCAACAGAAAGGGAUCAGAAGGUGGUCUCCAAAGUCAUCGUGGAGUGCGCAAGCGCCAAGCAGUGGCAGGCACGAAGCCUGAAUCCUGACACGGCCUCUUACACCCAACUUUUUCAUUCCGUUUACACAGAAGUCAUUGGUUUUGAUCUGUUCCGGCAAGCGUUGGCGAACGGAGCUUGGCCAGACAUGUUGCUCAAGAGCGGAGCCCAGAUUGAUCUUCAUUCGCACUCCUGUGGUUCAGCGAUGCUGGCCGUGCUUUGGUGGCUAGCCGAAAUCGUCCCACAGAAGCUAAGCAGAGGCCACGAUGCAACAUCCUUUGAGAUCAUAACUGGCUGGGGAAAAUCACGGCGGGCAUGGGACACGACGGACGUGCGGGCUUCGGUGCUCAACUUGCUGGAACGCUGCAGGAUACCCUAUACAAUCCCCCCUCAUAAUCAGGGCGUGGUACAAGUAGCACUGAUGGGAGUGGAUCCGCAGAGGCUGCGCUCGUUCUUUCCUGAUGCCGACACCGUGAAGCCGUAA